AUGGGCCCUACUCAGCUUCCUGCCUCUACUUCUCCCACCCUGACCUUAGCCCACCCAACUGUCGCCGAAACCCAGCAAAUCUGGUCCCAAACGUCAGAUAUCUGGACAGACGCUCUCAGUGUUCCGCAGUACUUGGAAGAGUACGCGUACCUGCUGACCGUCCCACUUGCGCGGGAUCACGGGAUCACGCAGUGGAUCCUUGUGGAUAGCCUCGACAAACCGACCGUGCCAGCCAACGAUCUCAAUGGACGCGAGGGAACAAGAAGAAUCCUGGCUUCGUGCGAGACAUUUCGCAAGAGGGCAUUACUCGCCAAUCGACUCGCCAGCGAUGAUACCAAGAACCGGUGCACCGAUAUCCUCGUCCACGGCGUAGCGAGCGUCUUCUGUGACCCCCAGUUGCGAGGGCGGGGAUACGCUUCGAGACUAUUUAAGGAACUAAGCCAUAUCUUGCCACAAUGGCAAGCGGGCGAGGUCGAGAAGCCUAGAGGCGUUGGUAGCGUGCUCUAUUCCGAUAUUGACCCGGCAUUCUACAAGCGACAAGGCUGGGUUCCGUUCCCGAGUUAUCAUUUAGAAUUUGAGCCCGUACAGCUCGAGCAUACCGCUGAGCCGCUCUACGCCGAGAAUCUGGCUUCCCUCUGCCAGAGGGAUGAGGAGAUUCUCCGGGCGUCAAUGUCGAGCCCGUCAACGAUGGGUGAUCGGGGCAAGACUAGAUUCGCAAUCAUCCCAGAUCACGAUCAUAUGCUCUGGCACCAUGCCAAAGAAGAAUUCGGCGCGCACAAGCUGUUCGGUGGCAGCAAGAAGCCCGAGAUUAAAGGAGCAAUUGCCGGCCCUGCGGGGAAUAGAGUCUGGGCCAUCUGGAUGCACCGGUUCUAUCGCCAUCCUCAGGGCAACGAUUCGGCUGCGAAUACGCUAUACAUUCUCCGUCUCGUCACCGAAACCCCUUCGCCUGCGUCCGAGAGCAUAAGAGCUGUGCUCCGUGCGGCGCAGUCUGAAGCGGCCAAUUGGGGAUUAGGCAAGGUGAAGUUGUGGAAUCCGCCCAGAGACCUAGAAGAGGCUAUCAGGGCAUCCGGGGUGAAGUUUGAAAAGAAAAAGAGAGAGCAGGAUAGUGUGCCGUGCCUAAACUGGUUCGGAGAGGAGAGUCCAGAUGAGAUGGAGUGGGUGCUUAAUGAGAAGUAUGCUUGGUGUUGACCCUCUAGAGUCCAUACCGGACUCCUUUCUGCGACUGGACUUAUCAGGCCCGUAUAGACUUCAGUUUAGAUUUCUCAUAAAGCGCCAAACAUCACUAUAGAGAAUAGAUUAUCGAUUAUGUAGU